UAGGACAUUUCAGGAGCAACCAUUAAAAGCGGGGGGAAGGUGUCUCUCAGCUGUGAAAUGAAAAGUCUCAAAGUAGGAGGAAGCGUUCGGCCCUAUUUUGCCCGCCUACAGACCGCCUGCUUGUCGCAAGACACCAGAGCCUUCCCGCCGAGAUUCCGUCAACGGCCCCCUCAAACGGCGGGCUUCUCGGUGCGAUUUAAGAAGCCUCCCGUCUUGAUUGUUCACACAACCUCGCUACCCGGUCGGUGGCAACUCCUCCUUCUUUAUCUCGUUGCUUCCCGUCCCUUUCCGGGAGGUUCAAGGCCCAUAGUAGCAGGCACAAGGCAGUGAUUUAAGCGCACACACUAAAGGCGCCAAUCGUUCGAACAGCAGGGCCGCCGCGCUAAGGUUCCCUUUCUUUCCUUGCUCUCCGCCUUCGUAGUGACGGGAAGACGAAGCACGAAGCCUGGUUUUGCCGGUGCUCAGCCAGUCUCCGUCCCGCCCGCCCCCGCCACGAGCGGCGCCCCCCGGCCAGUCGCCUCCUCGCUCUGCUUUGCUCUCCUUCUCUCGCCCCAUUCGCGGCCAGGUGUCCCGGAACACGCGCUGCCACUCCUGCUGCUUGCCAAGUUGCCACUCCCUCCUUCCUCCUGGCGGGUGUCUCUGCCGGGACCGAGCUGGGCCGGGCCGGGGAGUCACAUGAACGGCUGCCUCAGCCUGUCCUACGCGCUUGAGGAAGAGCCGUGGCUGGGCCUGGGGUGGCGAUAGAGGUGUCUGUGGCCGCUGGUCUCCGUCCAAGCAUCCCCUCCCUCGCCACUGGCUUGAGGGAGUAGCCGAGCGACCACCUGUGAGGAGCAUGCGCCCAGUGCAGGAGAUCCUUUAGUGAAAUUUCAGGAAAUGGACCUGGGCUGCCUGAAGCAUCUGCUUUGAACUACUUGAUGGGGGUUCAUUACUGAAGGUGGUACAUUUGGGGGAACUGACAGCUGCUUUUUCUGAACUUCUGCCUACAAUGGAACAAAGUGAGAGUCAACAGGAAUCCCUACCUGAGAGUCAGGAAGAUGGCAAAAGCAACACCAGACCCUUAUUGGGUGGAACUGCCCCUUUCAAGGGGGAAAUAAAGAAACAUGCGGUUACAGAUGACUACAAAAUAUCUAAGCAGGUGCUGGGCUUAGGCAUUAAUGGCAAAGUACUGGAAUGCUUUCACAAGGUGACGGGGCAGAAAUGUGCUUUAAAGCUCCUGUACGACAGUCCAAAAGCUCGGCAGGAGGUAGAUCAUCAUUGGCGGGCUUCAGGCUGUCCUCACAUUGUUCACAUCCUAGAUGUUUAUGAGAAUAUACAUCACGGAAAGAGAUGCCUCCUAAUCAUCAUGGAGUGCAUGGAAGGAGGAGAGCUGUUCAGCAGGAUCCAGGAGCGAGGAGACCAAGCUUUCACAGAAAAAGAAGCCUCUGAAAUAAUGAGAGACAUUGGGACAGCCAUCCAGCAUUUACAUGGAAUGAAUAUUGCCCAUAGAGAUGUCAAGCCAGAAAACCUACUUUAUACAUCCAAAGGGAAGGAUGCAGUGCUCAAGCUCACAGAUUUUGGGUUUGCCAAAGAGACAACCAUACAGAAUGCACUGCAGACCCCCUGUUACACUCCCUAUUAUGUUGCCCCAGAAGUUCUUGGUCCUGAGAAGUAUGACAAAUCCUGCGACAUGUGGUCUCUUGGUGUCAUCAUGUACAUUCUCCUAUGUGGGUUCCCUCCGUUUUACUCCAACACUGGACAGGCCAUCUCCCCAGGAAUGAAGAGGAGAAUUCGCAUGGGGCAAUAUGGAUUUCCAAAUCCUGAAUGGGCAGAGGUAUCUGAAGAAGUUAAGCAGCUAAUUCGUUUGUUGCUGAAGACAGACCCAACUGAGAGGAUGGCAAUUUCUCAGUUUAUGAAUCACCCCUGGAUUAACCAAUCCAUGGUAGUUCCACCAACUCCUCUUCACACUGCCCGAGUCUUGCAAGAGGAUAAAGACCACUGGGAUGAAGUGAAGGAGGAGAUGACUAGUGCUUUGGCAACCAUGAGAGUGGACUAUGACCAGGUAAAAAUUAAAGAUUUGAAGACAUCCAACAACCGUCUCCUCAACAAACGACGCAAGAAACAGAAACAAGGAGGUACUUCUUCAGCAUCUCCUGGAUGUAACAACCAAUAAAGAGAAGAGACAAAAGUCAGCUCUCAACUGGAACAAUUAGUCCAACUGGAUUCAGCUCACCUUAUACCAAAACAAAAUAGUGAUCUGGAUGUGACCUGCAGAGAAGGUGCACUGUGGCAUCCAGUAUAUGACAUUCUGGAACUUUUUAUUUGGGCAUUGGGUUUUUUCUCUAAAAGGGAAUUUAUCUGUUUACCCUUCUUUUACAUUUUAGUUGAGACUGCCUAAGCAGUUUCAGGAAACUCUGGAAUUCUGAUAAAGCUUUAGAUGAGUAGAUGUUACUGGAUGCAGCACAAGUUCAGUACUUGCAGUGGGCAUAACCCAUAAUCCAGCCAAGGUGAAGCACGGUUAAGUCCCACUGAUUUCAGUAGGCAUGACUGAAACAUGUUAGUUCUCCCCAUUUUACUCAGUGGGAGAAAGAACUGUCUUUCUUUUGCUGGGUUAUGCCCAGUGUAUUUAAGAGAAGCAAAUGUGUGACUUUUGCUGCGCUAUCAGCCAGAGGAGUAGAAAGUAUUUCAAGAACUCUGAGAGGGAGUCCACUGAAAGGUUGCAUGAGGAGUGUAAGCUUUUCAUGUAUUCCUGCGCAGUCUUGGCACUUCAUUCUGCUGCUUUAACCCAGAGAGAAUAAUAUUUUAAGUGAAUGUCAUCAACUUGCCCAAUGCCCACCUGAAUGGGGAAGCAUUGCUCAGGAACAUAUUUACAGUGUAAGCCUUAAGGUAUUGUCAAGGCAUAUGUACAAAUUUCCCACAUAAAAAGCACUUCAUAUAGGAAAACACAUGAAAGGAAAUUACAUGUGGAUUGUCAUAUGUGGUGAUAAUACCCAUUUCUGUUCCACUGGAGCUACACACACAGGGAAGCUACAGUUGGCCGCAUCUCCCUAAUGAGUGCACACACCCACACACAGAAAUAGAUGUGUGUGCUAUUAGGAUUAGGCCGGUCAGUGUCCUUAUUCUCUGCAUAUGCCAUAAUUAUUCUUGGCACAAAAGUUUCUCAACCAGUACUACUUCAGGCUCUUCAGGUUUUACACUAAGGAUCAAAUAUAAAUCCAUAGCCAUUGUAAUUGAAUAUUGGUUGUAAAUCUAAAGUGCACACAUUUCUACAAAUAUCAUAAGACUUCAGUGGAAAGUCUAUCCUAUGCAGUCCAGGAAGAAGCUGUGAGAUGUGAGUCCAUGCAGAAACCAUGUUCUGACAUUGCGAUUCCAUUUAGCACAAGACAGGGCUUGUGCUAAAUUAGGGUGCUGAUUUCUGACUGCUAUUCUGUCCUUCAUGUUUGUAACAAUCGUAUGUUGGUCUUUACAAGCAUCCUGAAUUUGUUUGAUGUAGGCAGUGGUAAAAUGAAAUACAUGUGAACUUGCCAACAGUGGAACUAGUCAGACACAGGAGGACACCUACAUGGAUAUGCACAUUAUCACAAAUUUGUCCACGUAUGUGAGGUUUCCUUGCUUGAGUGUACUUGGGGCCAAACACUUUCCUCCUUGGUAAAUAUUAUGGACCAGGGGUGGACAUAGUGAAGUCCACUAUUUAAACCUCUCAAGUCAUUCAAGUGGACACUUUUUCUUCCAGGAGUUUGGCCAGCCAGGGCUAUUUGUCUCCAGAAGGGUGGAUUUGUGAGUUUUUUCAUACAGUGACUCAUGAUAGCCUAGUCAUGUGGAACUCCAAUCACAUGCCAGCUAUCCUUACUCUGCGGGUCAUUCCAUCCUGUGCAAGCUGUUCCGAUUAGAAGGGCGCACACGUGACAACAGGCAUUCACACAUCUGCUUGGCAGGAGCAAGUACACUGGCCCUCUGAUGAGGAGGAGACACUGCAGCACAUGCCCCCUUUGCCUGAUCUUUUACUUGUGCUGUCCCUUGGAGAGGAAACAGCAGGGGUUUUCUUACAUUGUUUCUUACCUUACUCAAACUUGAUACAGGGAGAGGGAUCCCUGUGUUCGUCAGAGGGCUCUAAGAAAAUGCAGAGCUCUUUCUUCCAGCAUGGAUUGCAGCAUGGAUUGGAUAAGUUCUUGCAGCAUGGAUUGGAUAAGUUAACCAACCCCUUCUGUUUCUUAACUGUUACUGAUUUGUAACAUCCCUGAGAGAAACCCCACCUCUCCCAAGCCCUUUACGCUUGCCAGAGAGCUUGAGGAGGAGUGAGGGGUUUGGUGGCAAACACAAAUAGAGGCUGGCUACUAAGCCAAGUGUGUCCCGUAUUUGUGAACCUCUUCAUCAUCAUCAUCAUCAACAUCAUCAUCAUCAUACUCUGGAAUUACAGGGUAACCAGUGAUGUGAAUCUGUAAUGAACAACAUCUCUGUUGAUCACUCGAUGCCUCUCUUUGACUUGCAGGUUGAUGUUAAACACUGGAAAAGCCUACAGACUCAUUAUUCUUUUUAUUAACAUUUUGCAUAAAUUAAUAAAUGGUGCUUUCACAUUUUUUUCUUA